ACUGUGUGACACUGACAAAGGGAUCCGUCACUGAGUUUUGCCUGCACUUCGAUUCUGGUAAGCCUUUGGUGUUGAGCAAUCAUGGCGGCCUCUAAGAGAAUGACCAUCACUCCGGACUACAUAUACGCCACUGUCAACAGGUUAAAGAAGAGCCGUGCUGGUGAAAAAGGUGAUUUCCAUUUUGCUUCAGGGGACAACAACAACGUGGGACAAAGAAGAGAGAGGGCACACAAACUUCCCUUCACCCCGUUAGAAAACCAGAGGGAAGAAUCACCCAUGAUGGCGCACAGGAGGCCGAGCUUCGACCCUAACAAUGAGAACACUCUCCUGGUAGGCAACAAGCUCCCCAGAUCCAAUGGAGGCAAAAUCAAGGACAAGAUUUCUUUAUGGGAGGGGAAGGAACCCACUCAUUCACCCAUUACCUCAGCUUCUUUGGGCCAAUGCCACAGCAUAACAAGGACAGAAUCCCUUACAAAGAAUGGUAAGAACUCUGAUGGACUGAGUGAAGAGAGUUGCAAGAGAGUAGCCCAAAAGGAAAAGGAAACUCUUGGUAAAGAGAAUGUAGGCAAACUUGGGGAUUCAAGGCCUUGUUCACCUGUUGAAACUGGGAAACAGCAAAGAGGGACGCUCAAGAACAGCAAGCACAGUGAGAGCAAAAAAGGGGAGGAUUGCGGCGGAAUAGAUCACGAGAAAGAGAACGUAGAAAAGCUUAGGGAUUCAAGGCCUUGUUCGCCUACAAUAGCAGUGCAGCAGCAGCAGAUGGGGACGCUGAAGAAAAGCAAAGAAAGGAAAACAGCAGAACAGGCCAACCAGGAGAAGAGAGCUGUGUUCACCCUUUUUAAAAACCUGGAUGCAAUGGGGGAGAACCAUGGGAAAAGUCCUCCAGAGCUUGGGAAGUACUUCAGCCCACCUUGCAAGGACAAACAGGUAGUUAUGGGUCAAACUGGUUCAGUGAAAGGGACGCAGCACCAGGAGAAUGUGUACACAGAGCCGGGGUCGCCCCCUAUCAACCCAGUGCCCAAACCCCAACGGACCUUUGAGCAUCCGACUAUCGUCGCCAUCGGGAAAAGUCAGAGUAAGGGCAGAGAGCAGAGGAACCUCCCCCCACUGCCCUCCACCUUGCCACCCACCUCUACAAAAACGUCCUCAAAACCUCCCUCUGGUGUCUAUGGGAGACCCCGGGGUGAGAGAGUCAGAGACAACAUCGAAAGGAAAUCCUUUGAGUUUGACGACCUCAAAAGGUCAACUAGCCCGCUUUUCUCUCGCCUACCAGAACAUCACUAUGAAGACAUCCCAGACUCAUCCAAAGAGAACCCAUAUGAGGACAUAGAGUUGGAGAGUCAAUGCUCCCAGCAGUCUUUGCCCUCCUCUCCUGGUGCAGAAACUACCAAGACCUUGAGGCCAGGCUUCUUCAGGCAGAAUUCAGGCAGGGGCUUUAAGCUGCUGGACCUGCGGAGAAGCAACCAGUCGCCCCACAGCACCAGCAGUCGGGGGGUUUCAUCUCCACCCCAGCUCAGCCCUCCCUCCACUCCUGGGCCUGAACACACUUACUGGCUCUCUGGGGAUACUUACAGCCGCACCUGCCGCAGGAUACCAACGGUCGUGCUUAGAAUCAACAGCAUCUUUGAGGCGAAGAUCGGGAAGAAACAUCUCCGAAGGAUCUAUCAUUACGCUGAGACAAGCUCAGGGAGAGUAACAGAUGAGAACAGUGACUCUGAGAGUGAAGUUGAGGAAAGAUCAAGAGCUCAUCGUCAGCGUCUCGUGUCAGUCCAGUCCAUACUGAGCCAGCCAAGCCAGGCUCAAGUCCAUUACAACGGUUCCAACACCAGCAAGCGCUCUCGGGAAAAGGAGCUCCACCAGCGUCAGCUGUUUGAAUAUUUUCUAGUUGUGUCGCUGCAGAAAUCGAAGGCUGGUGCCCACUAUCUGCCAGAGGUCACACAGCAGUUCCCACUAAAGCUGGAGCGGAGCUUCAAGUUCAUGAGGGAGACGGAGGAUCAGCUGAGGAUCAUCCCUCAGUUCUGCUUCCCUGAUGCAAAAGACUGGGAGCCGGUGGAGAACUUUCCAAGUGAGAUGUUCUCCUUUGUUUUGACGGGAGAGGAUGGGAGCAGGAGGUUCGGAUACUGCCGCCGUUUACUGCCCAGUGGAAAAGGUAAACGUCUACCAGAAGUCUACUGUAUUGUCAGCCAUCUUGGCUGUUUUAACCUGUUCUCAAAGGUGCUAGAUGAGGUGGAGAGGCGUAGGGCUUUGUCUCCCGCUCUUGUGCAGCCUUUCAUGAGAGCCAUCAUGGAGGCUCAGUUUCCAGCUCCAGGCCGAACCAUCACCAUUAAGACUUUCCUCCCCGGCUCCGGCACUGAGGUGAUGGAGCUGUGCCGGCCCUCUGACUCGCGCUUGGAGCAUGUGGACUUUGAGUGUCUGUUCUCCUGUCUGAGUCUGCGCCUGCUCCUCCGGGUGCUGGGCUCCCUGCUGCUGGAGCGGAGGGUCAUCUUCACCGCCGACAAACUCAGUACUCUCUCCCAGUGCUGCCAUGCUGUCGUGGCGCUGCUCUACCCCUUUGUGUGGCAGCACACUUACAUCCCUGUGCUGCCGUCGGCCAUGCUGGACAUCGUGUGCACCCCCACCCCGUUCCUGGUGGGCCUGCUGUCCAGCUCCCUGCCCCAGCUCACUGAGCUGCCCCUGGAGGAGGUUCUGGUUGUGGAUCUUGAAAACAGUCGAUUUCUCAGACAGUUGGACGAUGAAGACUCCAUUCUGCCAUCUAAGCUCCAAUCAGCCCUGGAGAAUGUUCUGGAGAGGAGACGAGAGCUUGCUAAUGAGAGAGGAGGAGACACACCUGGUGAUUCGGGCCAUCUUAGCACCGUCGUGUCCGAGGCCUUCGUUCGUUUCUUCGUGGAGCUGGUAGGCCACUAUCCACUCUUCAUCACCGGUGAACGGGAGGACGGCUACUCCUCCUCCUCUUCCUCCUCCCCGGUCCCCUGCUACUUCCAACGCGAGGGUUUCCGUAAAGCGAUCCCGUCUAAGACAGUGCGCCGGUUCCUGGAGGUCUUCAUGGAGACCCAGAUGUUUGGCUGGUUCAUCCAGGAACGAGAGCUCCACAGGCAGGCUCUGAGAGGAUUAUUUGAAGUGAGGGUGCAGGAGUAUCUGGACUCCAUCCACGAGAAUGAACAUCGGAGGGUCAACAGGUUUCUCAAAGGCUUGGGGAAUAAAAUGAAAUUUCUUUCCAAGAAAUAAUGCAUCUACAAUGCUACACAAACUAAAAAAGAAGAUGCACCGAAACACGGAGAUACUUCACGGACUGCAGAAAUCCGAUAAAGGAAAUUAUCAUUUGAGUUCUUUUUCAGAGAUGCUUGUUGACACCGUUCUCAUCUGAGUCAAUGUUUGAGGGUGUUGCUCAAGGACUUUUGAUACACAUAGGGGAGAAAUCCUGCUGUAUUUCACAUAAAUAAAACCUCCAAAACAAAGGUUCCUGGUUUCCAUUAGCACAGAUAAUAAGAUAAACAAUGUAUAAAGAAAUAGGCCCUGAAAGAAAUAUGAUGGAAUGUGAAUGCUUCUAUAGGGCAUAAGGGGUCAAUGAAUGGCUUGAAAGGUACAUAAAUGAAGUGUGUAGUAUCUACUUUACCUCAAAGCUUUCAGACAUAGUAUUUCUAUAAAUCCACUGGGGGGCAGUAGUAUAUUCUCUGUGGUUAUAUGUCUUGACACAGGCCUGCUUUCCCGCUCUUUAAUGCUGCAGUUUUACUUCAGCCAUAUCAGUGGCGAAAUCACACGUAAAUAAAUAAU